AUGGAGCAGAUAUGUCCAGGUCGUCUGCAACCAGGAGAUCAGAUCUUAGAAGUGAAUGGAGACAGCCUGAUUGGUGUUACAAAUGAGAGAGCUGUGGACAUCCUCAGGACAGCCUCCGGCACCAGCUAUAUGCGCCUUCUUGUCACCCGAGAUGACGAUGCUCGUUGUUCCAUUGGAACUGAGAUCCAGAGCAUCUCCAUUGGAAAGUUUUCUGACUUGGGGUUAACCAUUGCUGGAGGAACCAACCGGUCAGAUGGACCAAUGGUUUAUGUCCAAGACCUACAACUAGAAGGGGACUGCAAUAGGGAUGGGUGCCUGCAAGCAGGAGAUCAGCUAAUUGCCAUCAAUAAAGACUCAUUGGUGGGUACCACACAUGAGGAGGCUAAACAGAUAGUGGCAAAGAGUUUGUUCAGACAUGAAGGAAACACAGAAGUGGCCUUCAUUCCAGGAAGAGGACAACUGCAUCCAGGACACUGUGCAAACAACAGUGCCCAUUCAUUGCCCAUAAGACUGGGGGACAACGGCUUGGCCCCUUGCAGGUGGAAAGUCCACGUGAGGUCCCCCGAGAGUAGACGCAACAGCCACUCUCCUGUGCCUUUUCCAUCCCCAGGUGUCUGCCCACCAGCGUGCAUCAUUUCUGCUCCUGCUUGUCCUUCAAACCAGGGAUCAUCUUCAGCCCCCAGGCCUAAAGUACCCCUGGACCCUCACGUUCGUCUCAAGGAUGGCAAACUUGAAUUGGUGCUACAGUAUUUAAACCUAAAUGUGAGCGAAGAGAAGAAAAGGCAGUUACGACAGAGAUUGGCAACUGACUCCCAGGGCACCGUGGCCUAUGGAGACUUCCUCCAAGUUCUCAGGGACUUGUUGCCAGAAGACGACCCAGGUCACCAUUCAAAUUCUGCACUUUUCACUCCGCAUGAAGUGGCUACUUUGCUGGACACAUCUGCUUUCCAUUCUCCGAUGUCUGACUCUCUCAGUUGCAAUGAGAAUGAGAAGCUGGACCACCUACAGCUGGAAAUGGUGGUGUUACAGCAGGAAGUCCACAGGUUAAAGUCUCUCCUUAUGGAGGUGGAAAGCAACAAGAAGUCUAUGGAAGAUGAGCUUCAGAGAUCGAAUCAGAAGGCGCUGGGCUUCCUUCAAGAGAACCAGUGUCUGCAGAACAAGCUGCAAGCUGCUGAACUCCUCCAAUGGCAAGCUCAGAGUGCAGAGCAAGAUUAUGAAGAAGUUAUCCAUCUGUUGGAAGCUGAGAUCCUGGAGCUGAAAACGCAGCUGACUGGAAAGAAAAAUAAGCAGCUUUUGGAAGCAGAGAGUGAUGCCUUAAAACUGAAGAAACAUCUAUCCUUGGUGAAUGAGCAGUUACAGAAGUCUGAGGUUGCCCAGAAACACCUGGAAAUUUACAACAGGAAACUUCUAUUGUUUGUUCAGCAUGCCCACAGAUUCCUGAGCAUGUCCUGCUUGUUAUCUGAGAAGAGGAUUGACAGCCAGGAGGAUGAAGACAAGAGAGCAGAAAUCUCAGAAACUACCCUUUUGUCUUCAGAUCUUGCCAGAUUGUUGAUAGCAGAAGGCAAUGAACUGUUGGAGCCCAACUCAUUGUCCAAUGCUACAAGAGAUGCUCUGCUGAAAGACUGGGACAACUGCCAAGCUGAUGAGAGGACCCCCAGCUAUGAAUACUGAGGACCUUGGCUCCAUUACCUCCUGAAGUUAGACAUGGGCCAUUUCUGGUCCACAGCACUCCUUCAAAACGGUCU